AAGGCUGGUGUUGCACCUGUUUCGCGCAUCCCUUAUCCAUUGCGCCAUCCGUGAAUGUAACUGUCGAGCUCACUCUGCAGCAAACUGAGGCACCAAGCAUGGACGCCAUUGCCGGGGCAAGCGUGAGCUCUUCGGCACGGCUCCCACGCCUCCGCCGCAUCGGCAACGUCGCACCGGCCACCGUGCGCCGCCGUAGCCGGAGGCGUGCUGUGGCCCGCUCGUCGGCCGCCGCGGACGCCGAUGUCGUCGGCCUCUUCGACGCUGCCAAGCUCACGGUGGACAGGUUUGUGGAGAGCGGCAUGGUGGUCGGGCUUGGCUCCGGCCCGGCGUCCGGCCUCGCAAUCCAGUACCUCGGCACUCGCCUCCGGCGAGGGUCUCUGACUGGCAUCAUGGGAAUACCCUCGUCCACGAUCAGUGCUACUGAGGCAGAGAAAGCAGGAAUACAGGUCAGCAGCUACAAGGAAGGCACCCAAAUUGACUUUGCUUUCACUGAUGCUGAUGUAAUUGAAGAGGACACACUGACCGCUGUCAUUGGCCGUCGAAAAACGGAGAGCGGAGACCCUUCUUUCAUGGAGGAGAAGAGUAUUGUUAAAUCAGCUGGUAAACUUGCCUUCAUCAUCGGCCAUGAAAAAUAUGUGAAAGGCAUCGAAGGUUCAAUUCCAGUCUUGGUGAAAAGUGCAAAUUGGAUUGAUACUGCUGAAGAGAUCGAUGACUUGUUCCUAGGAGACGCAGAGGUAUGGAGGCGGCCAUCAAUUGGAACCGCUGAUCCAUUAGGAGGGGACUUCCCAUUGGUUACGAAGGAGGGCCAUCACGUACUCGAUGUUAUCUUCACAACUCCCAUCCUGGAUCUUGGUAAGGUAGCAGAAAGCUUGGAGAAAAUUGCUGGUGUUGUGGACCAUGGGAUAGUUUCCAGCAUUCCAUCAUAUGUAGUCGUUGCAUUGGAUGGGGAAGUGCAGUUAUUGGAUGAGAAGUCAUCGGUGGUACCAUAGUACCUUGCAAAUUCACCAAGUUUUACGGAAGUAUCUAUGGCAAAUAGGCCGAAAAUGCCACUGAGUUCAUGCGAGUGGCAGUUCUAUUUUUACCAUCUGACUCGUUCGUUUCGUGACAACCACCACACGACCAGAGAAUUUUAUAUAGCCGGAGAUCUUCAGUUACUGUGAAGAAUAAAGAAUCACGUGAUUUUUUCUAUUUCUUGUUAAAACAGCAAUGUUUGGUAUUGGUGCGUCUUCCGGUGUGCUAGUUACUACUUAAAGUUUGUAGCUGGUGCCUAUCUUUUGGCUUAUUAGAGGAAUAAGGGAAACGAUAUAUUUGCAAACGAAAAA